UCCCCAUCUGGAUGAUUCGUACAACAUAUUGAUAUUAAAAAAAAAAAAGAAGAAAAAAAACAACGCAACACAACAAAUUUAACAAGUGGAUUUUUACAUCUUAAGCAAAGUAUUUUUUUCGAUACAACACACAACUACCAUAGAGAAAAAAAAGAAGUAUCUGUGUCAUUUAAAAGAAAAGAAAAAAAUCCAGGAUGUGUACCGGUGUUUGAGAUUCCAGACGGUGUAAAUGAUCAUUCAAGUAUGUAAAAGAUUGAUUGAGGACAACACAAAGAUAGACAACGCAGAUCGAAGAAAGAUCAGCGAAUAAAAAGAAGAUAACAAGCCAUCAUGGAAUUCUACGAUGUGGGAAGCAGCGAUCUCAGGGAAUUGUGGGAGUCUUACCUCACAGAACCAGUUCUCGGACAAGACGUAUCAAUGACGUCAAGAGAAGAGGAAUGGGGUAAUGUUUUGUGCCUUAGGGAUAAAUCAUCCUUAAGUGUCGUACUUAGAGAUCGUCUUAUGACGGAUGCAGCAUUGGGUGGACCACGUCCAAUCAAAUCCGAACACAGUUACAGUUUAUUAACUUCCAGUCCACCACCUAGUCCAGCAACACCUGGAACUAAUCCUUGUACACCUAAAAGUUCAGUACCUUCAACUAGUACUGCUGAUACGUUGGCAGUUAACACCAUUUCUUCGAUUGAUUCGAAUAAUUUGGAUCAUGGCAAAUCAUUGGAUAUUAGACCUAGAUUCGAUGAUAUGGAGGAUGAAUGCUUUUUAGCAAUUUCAAUGAACUCAUCUCGAAACGAGGAUCAAACGAUGCCGUUACCACUUCAAACAACUUAUACCUCAACGGUAAUUUUGAAGAAACCUGAUAUCAAAACUGAAGAUAACGAUUAUUCUGAAAUCAAAGGGGAACCGUUAAGCGCACCUGGUAGUCCUUGUACACCUUGUCCUUCUUCGAGCACAACCAUUGACGAUAAAAGUACGAUAACAAUGGUGUCACCACAAAAUCUGCACUUUUCUAGAAAGCAACUGGCACCUACGAGCGACAGCGAGGAAGACGAUGAAGAAUAUUAUCAGAGUAUGGAGGUAGAAGAAUACGGUGUACCAAGUGAAGAAUAUGAAGGAAGUCACACAUCUAGACAAAGUUUACCACCAACACCACCUAGCAGUGCAAGUUCUGAUAGCGAAGGAACAGCGUCAGCUUCCUGUUCACCUGAACGUCGAGAUUCACAGCAUUCAACACAUUCUCAAAAUAUUAGAGGUCUUUUAACACCUAGAUUAUAUGUUACCAAUCCAACACAUACUACAAGACAACCUAUUCACACACCUUUAAUUUCCUGUCAACCGAAAGGUUCAACUGGUGUUUUGACGUUAACGGAAGAAGAAAAAAGAACUCUGAUUGCUGAGGGUUAUCCUGUACCUACUAAAUUACCUUUAACAAAACAGGAAGAAAAAUCUUUGAAAAAAGUACGCAGAAAAAUCAAAAAUAAGAUAUCAGCACAAGAAUCACGAAGAAAGAAAAAAGAAUACAUGGAUGGCCUAGAAAGGCGAGUUACCAUAUUGACAAAUGAAAAUUCUUCGUACAGGGACCGUUUAACAAUACUUGAAGACACGAAUCGUGAAUUGUUAAAAGAAUUGGCACGCGUGCAAGCACUUUUAGAACGCCAAUCAUCUUAGCUUAUUUUUUUUUGGUCGUCUUCUUUCAACAAAAACAACACUUUGCUAAAACUUUUUUUUCUUUUUGUUAAUCAUCGAUUGGGAAAAAUGUUGCACUUCUUUUUUGUAUUUUUUUUUUUUUCAAGAAAAUGAUCCUCUAACUUUUAAUAAUAUUUUAAUA